UUUUAUUUUGAACGUCAAGUCAGAAAAAAAAAAUGCCGGAAAUGAAAUACUAGAAAAGUAGAGAGCCCUUGUUUACAUUUGAAACUAUCAUCAUGCCAUAACGAGAGGAGGGGAGAGAUAUAGGACAAAACAACUGGACACAAAAUUGUAGGGGGAGACUAGGGGAAUGACUCAUUACCAUUUUGUUUCUCAUCAUUGUCUAGAUCUAAAGUAGGUGAUACUUUUUUUAAAAUUAUCUUUGCAAAUUAUUGAAAUUUAGAUCUAGCAGCUAAACUAUAGAUUCAUGUUCGGGUAGACCCAGUGAGUCGCUUUGAAGAAAAAACGUCCGAUUGGUUUCGAAUUCGAUGUCUCCUGUUUAGCAAUAUUCAUUUCUUAAAGAAAUUAUGGCAAAAUUACUGUAAGCUAUUUCAAUCAUUGAAAGAAAACUAAGGAUCUUCAUAUCAGUGAAACCAUUGAACCCUCAAUGCUACAGAUUUGGUCUUAAAUGCUGUAUGGCGAAUGGGCAAUAUAUACUCAUGAUAUAAAUUUGCAUAGGAAAGGUAGCAGUUACCUUUUUUCGAAUCAUUUUCAUUAUCGGCCAAGCGUAGAAAAAGAAAGUUUCUCGUAUGACUUGUCCACUCAUUAAGUAAACAAGACUUGUUUAGUUCUCUCACCGAAGAGAAACCGGCAACAUGCCACCUAAAAAACCUCGCAAAAAUCUGGCACAGAAAUGUGAACCAUUACCGGAAGCGUCUUCCGGUGACAAAGAAAGAAACGUGGUCGAUAACUACGUUUGCAAAAAAUCGUCAAUAAGAAAGCGGAAACCAGGCAUCUCUAUGAAUUUAGGCUGUGCUGACAGAAAGAGAAGCUUAUUAAUAAAUGGUACAUUUGAGGCAAAAAGUGAUCCAUCUGCGACAAAAGGUGGUACAUGUGAGGGCGCCACUAAUCAAAGCGCUUCUUCAAAAGUGAAAACCACUUCUUUAACGAAGCAUGUCAAAAAGGAAUUCAAAGGUGAUUUAUACAACCUACAAUCCUUGGCGGAGGCCACACUUAAAUCUUCUUUAAAAGACGCAGAAGAAAAAAAACGCACAGCGAGUCCUGAAAAAUUGCAAUCGAUCUUAAUGGACCAGAUUAAGUCCGUUCCUUCCCAGUCGUGGAGUGUCAACGCGGACUCUAUUUCCGCUUUGAGGAGAACCUCGACGACUCUUAUGUCACAAUCUUGCUUAAAGUGUGGGAAGUUGUGCCCGGGAAAGGAUUGUGGCCUACACAAACUACAUAUGGAAGAACUCAUCUGUAAGGUACCACAAAAUAAAGAGAGGCAACUCGGUACAGAUUUUUGGGUAAAGAAAGAUUAUACCCCACAAAUAAUAUCUAGUGUGGAAAAAAAAGUGACUUCAUGUCCGUCAGGUCAAAAAUCUGAUGGCAGAGACAUGACUUUUGGUAUUUCAGAUGUGAAAGAACAAAUCAGCAAUCACCAUCCAAAUGCUGAAAGCAACAAAACGAAAGUGAAUACGUUGCAACGUGACAGCGAGUCUCUGUGUUCUAAACAUGAUCUGAAAUAUCACAAAGAUAACCGUAGCGAUCAAGAAGAUAAUAACGAUACAGAUACAGACUUAUCAAUGGUACCUAUGAAGAACUCGGUUUCCUUUGAGUGCUGGACCUUGACCUCGCAGCGUGACACGGAUAGAAGUUUGAAUGACGUUAAGAAGCCAAAUUGCCAAAACACUUUCAUCAACACAAUGGCACAUUGCAGAGAAUACAUUGAACAGAAUUGUUUCUUGAGAUCCCCAAAGACUGCAUCCGCCAUGAGUCAACGACAUUUGGAACAUGUUCCCAUUCCGCGUGAAUCCAAGAAGGAAGAGCUUCAGCUUAAUUCAUUACGACGUCGAGCCCUAACGUCCAAUUCACAAAUAGGCAAUGAUACAAAUGAAUUGGACUGUUCAGCCUUUACACCAGCUUGCCAUACGUGUGAGUUCAAAGCUCAGGGCAAAGAUUCUGUCACCACUUCAGUCUCGAGAUCUGGUGACGAAUCCCUGGAGGUCAUCAACAUCAGAGAUCCCACGUUUUGCACGCUCGGAGACUUAAGCUCCGAUAUGAAAGACACGAGUACUUGGAUGACCGCGGCACCAUUUGACUGCUCUCGGAUUCUUCGUUUAUCUUCACUGCACGAGAAGGCUGGUGCGAAACAUGUUGAAAAUAUAGAGCAGUCUGACCCAUAUGAAGAUUCUAGUUGCACAACGGCGCGUAUGGCAUCACUAGAACUGUCUCGGAGACAAAAUGACAUCCACUACAAGAGUGCUGAGAGAUACUCGCGUCCUCGUAAGGAUAAAGCAAACGUGAUGGGGAAGGUCAAACCUGACCUAUCCAAGGCCAGUAUUCAAUGUCAUGAAAGUGAAAAGGCAAAGAAGACGUCUGCGUGUAUAGCUGAAACUCAAACGUCUGAGACAGUCUUGCAGAAACAGUGCUACCAGUCUGCUGAACACCUUGAGUCUCGAAAGAAAAAAAUCAUCAACACUAUAGCUCCUGAGCAGAGAGUAAAUCUCAUGUGUGAGAAGAGCGCCCACGAUGCUGUUUCAAAGCGCCGAAGCUUACAGCGACCUAAACAAAAUAAAUACAUUUACAUCACAAAGAAAAAGCCGAAGUCUUCAGAAAUACAAGGACUGGUUAAAAGUAAGAAAAACUCCCCAAGCAAGAGGUGCUCGUCUGGGCACACAUGCUCUGAGCCUUCAUAUAGCUAUGUACCAUAUCUUUCUCCCCAAAUUAGUAACGCAGGAACUCCGAAGAGUCGAACUGUAAGGUGUUGUCAAUCAAGCCCUCGAAAGAAACCAAAUGACAUCUCCAAGUUGCAAACAUGCGAUGGUUCACCUAAAGAACUGAACUCGGUAAACGCGACGUUCAAUCUUUUAGCAUCUAAAGAAGAAAAGAAACAACAAUCAAAAGAUAAAGAUCUAAAGUACUCAGCUUCAGCACAACGUUGUAAGAGCAUUGAUGUCUCAAAACGUCUAUCCUUAAACGCAUGUACCAAUACAACUAAGUCCUUAGAGAAUUGUAUACCCGAGAUCAACGCCAGAAAAACUAAUAAGCGGAAAUUAAAAAUCAGGGUUUUCGCCAAACCAUCCAAAUUAAAAACAGGCAAAAUAUUACUACAAGAAACGCACGUCAUUUUGCCAGUACCAGGCAAGGAAGAUAAAACUUAUUCCCAAAAGAGAAUAAAAGAAAACAAUGUGCAACCCUCACCGGUCGCGCCAAAAGAACCCAUGGUUAUUCAAAGCAAAGAAAACCAGUUUAAAAGUUUGCAAGAAUAUGAUUCAUGUAUAAAAGAGCCUGCAGGGGAGGGGACUCUAGUUGAACAUAAACUUCCAAAAGCACUUAUUUCAAAGACCAAUUUAGACCAGCAUGCGUCUGUAAAUCCGACCCCAAACAACGUGACCGCUGCUGCUGCAGUCAACGAUGAUGCAGGGGCUAGCAGGCCUUCCUGUAGCAGUUCAACCACCAUAUGGGAAGAUGUUAUAUGUUCAAGCUUCAUUGAGCACAAGGUCAUUUCAUUUCGAAAAUCCAAUUCAUUUCGAAAAUCCAGUCUUCCCCCGUCAAGAUGCCCGCCACGCCAGGUUAGGCCUAAGCCAGUCAGAACAGUCUGGGAUCAUUUCAAGCUGAGCAUUGAUUCCCUCCUUCGCUUCUCUAUUGUGAUUUUGUCUGUGCUUUGUUUCCUCUAUUUCAUCCUGAUGCUGGUGCACAACAUGCACAAUAACCACUUUCAUCACGCUUAGGCAGCCAAGCUCUACACCCAACAAAAACAUCACGCUUAGGCAGCCAAGCUCUACAUCCAACAAAAACAUCACGCUUAGGCAGCCAAGCUCUACACCCAACAAAAACAUCACGCUUAGGCAGCCAAGCUCUACACCCAACAAAAACAUCACGCUUAGGCAGCCAAGCUCUACACCCAACAAAAACAUCACGCUUAGGCAGCCAAGCUCUACACCCAACAAAAACAUCACGCUUAGGCAGCCAAGCUCUACAUCCAACAAAAACAUCACGCUUAGGCAGCCAAGCUCUACAUCCAACAAAAACAUCACGCUUAGGCAGCCAAGCUCUACAUCCAACAAAAACAUCACGCUUAGGCAGCCAAGCUCUACAUCCAACAAAAACAUCACGCUUAGGCAGCCAAGCUCUACAUCCAACAAAAACAUCACGCUUAGGCAGCCAAGCUCUACAUCCAACAAAAACAUCACGCUUAGGCAGCCAAGCUCUACAUCCAACAAAAACAUCACGCUUAGGCAGCCAAGCUCUACAUCCAACAAAAACAUCCCGAUGUUGACUUAGUCCACUUUGCUCAGUCGUAGCAGCCAUAAUAUGACACAAAGUGGACUGAUAUGGAUAUAGUGUUUAUGUAUACGUUAGACCAAUGUCCCUGUGAGCAUCACAUUUCUACUUCGCCCCACGUCCUGCGGAGUGUUUCUUCAGAACCCCCCUCCCCUUUCGUUUUCCUGGCCAUUGGAAGAGAACAAAGCCCUUCUUUUACUUUAGUUUCACUCACAAUGUCUGCCUUAUGUCGCCAUAGAGUAAAGUAUGGCUGAUCAAUUGGGUCAGUGUUAAGGUAAUGCUUGGCAUCUUAACAUCCCGGCUCUUUGAAAUGUAAAUAUAUAUCGUAUGUUUAAAAUGGGAGACUCAAACAUCUUGUCUUUGUUUACAUUCAUUACGUUAUACAUACGUUAUAAACAUCAAAUUUUACAAAGUGGAGAUAUAUAUAUUUAUAUAUAUAUAUUGUAUAAAGUAGCUUGUAAAAAUCUUUUCACAAGUUUAACGAUUCAAAAGGUGCAACUACAAGAAAGAGGAUUUUCAAUAAAUUAAAUAAAAUGUUUACAUUCAUAAAUACGACAGUGUUCUUAGAAAUAACUCUACGCUCGUGUACUACUAAUUCAGGAUUGCAUGAGAAAUGUACUGAAAAAUAUAAUGAAUAAAACAACAACAACCUGGAUUAAAUCUGCAAUG